AUGCAAAAAAUAGAUUUCAUAUAAGAGCUGAUCAUCUAAGAGUAUUAAAAUGUAUUUAGAGAAGAGUUUGUUAAAAAAGUUUAAGAAAACUAUAAGAAAAAAAUACAAGCUGAUAAAAAAUAAAUAACUUAUGGCUACCAAAAGAUUAUCAGUCUAAUAUAAAGAGGUAGAUAUUGUUAAACCACAUACAUCAGUAAUUUAACAUCCAAAAGAAUUUUUUGA